AUGGCCGACAGCACCAGCUGGUUGCGUAGAUUCCAGCAAUCUCGCGCGCAACCUGCCAAGCAACAAGCGCAGCCCGUCAUCACUUCUACAUCGGAGGAUAGCUCUGUCACAAGUGUAACGACUAUCGACGGUAACGAGAACGCCUUGCCUUUACCCCAUCCCACGUCAACCAGCAAACACCAUAACAAUGACGGUGGCAUCCACGUAGUCAGCAACGUGGGGAGCGGGAGCGGGAGCGGGGGAACAGCGUUCGGAGGCAACACCAGCGGGUCUGGACCACUGCCGCCCAAAACUCCCACAGCGGGUGUUUUCUCCUCGGGAGCUUCAACGGCAAGCUUACGGCGACCAUCACUGCCUCAUCAGAAAUCGCCAAGCGAUAGCAAUGUUAAUGGCACCAGUAGCCGAUUGUUGAGGUCGAGGCCGUCAGCUACUUUCCAACGGGUCUCAAGUUUGCUUAAUCUCGCAGCAAGUGGGAAUGGAGCAGAUUCGCCCUCGGCCACCGCCCCAUCGUCACCCUCGUUCUCUUCCGGGCGACCUCGUGAGGGAAGCGGUGGCAGCACCAGCCGCUUUACCUUCUUCCGGCCGCUGACGCCGAGUGCUGCGGCAGCACCGGCACCAUCGUUGAGUGUGUUGCCGCUUAGAAAUUGGAGCGCAACGAAUGGGGAUGAUGAGGAUGACUGGCUGGGAGGACUGAGGCGGAAUGCCGCUAGGGGAAGCCCCUGGCAUAACCCCAAUUUGAUGCAGAUGGCGGAGACGUUGCAAGCGGUUAUGAUGACGAAGGGGGAUUCCAUGGCUCCUCUUCCUGUCCAAUAUAACUCGCUUGUUCACAACGUACUCGAGGGCUUCGCACACCUUACAAAGCGGUUGCAAGCCUUAGAACAAGAGCUAGCUGAGCUCAAGAACCUUCGAGAGAAAGAACUGGAGCAGUUCCGAGGAAUCAGCGAGGAGUGGAUUCAGCGAGAGGACGGCUACAAGGCCGAGAUCAAGCGGCUCGAAGUCGUGCUCGCUAAGGAGAGCAAAGAUGGCCUAGCAAGUGUUACGCUGGCGAGACAAGAUACGCUCAUUGAUCGGUCAGGGAGCAAAAGGUUCCAGGCGAAGUUGAAGAGGAUGAGUACUACCGCUAAUCGGGAUCGAGCAGGAGAGAGCGAUGAUGAUGGGGACAAGGUGGUGGACGAGCUCUUUGGGGGUGAGAAGACCAGAGACAGAACUCACUCCGGGAUCAGAGAGAGCUCCCUGCGUAUCCUUCCGGUGGACAAUGAUGCUCGCAUUAGUCAAAUGGUAAAGAAACGAGCGAUGGAGGACAAGCGGUGGCGUAGGUCACAAUUGCAACCAUCUAUGGAUACUCCUCCUCCUUGUGUAGAAGAGAGUCUCGUUGACUCAUCAUCGCCAACAUCUCCCUCGCCCACCAAGCCGCACAGUGGCCCUCGAUCGAGUCAAAAUCAGCAUGUGGUCUCCGUGAACGGCCAAUUAUACAGUCCCUCUACAUCCAGUAGCUCCACUGCGAGUACGGCCUCACAGGAGGCAAGCCGUAGCUUGUCUCAAAGGCGCAAUAUCAACAAUCUCGUAAUCGAAACGGGGGACGUAUCAACGGCCGUAAAUCCACGACAGCGGCGCAUCUUUUCGUAUAUCGAGGGCGAGGCUGAGGUGCUGGGAACGGCCAGUGCUGCUUCAGAGCAUCGUCAACACCUCUUUCAAGACUAUUAUGGCUUUACGAACACACACAGACAGCAUGAGGGUCGGAGUGAAACGCAACCACCAGCCGGUACGAAUGGCAUCGACUUGCCCGACCGUAACUCAACGUCAACAGUGCACCCAACGGCGGAAGGAUCCAUGGGCAACCUAUCAUCAACACGCCCCGCCGAAGAAGAUUCGACCACAACCUUCACUAGUAUUUCUUUGGAAUCAAGUAACCUCACAGGCCUCACUCCAUCUAACUCCACCGGCUCGGUGAUUUGGCUAGGAAAGCGCAACAGCAGAACGGCAGCGACAGCGACAGCGGCCGCCACCUCCUCUGCAGUUCGAGUGGACCAACCCAGCCACUACGAGACAAGCGUCGGCGGCGAAGACAUUGGCAGCGGAAAUUACGAGCUCGGAGAAAUGACCAGCACUACCUACCACCAAUACAAUUCGACAAUGACGACGACCACAAGCCCGAGACUGGGACCUGGAUUCGGAUCAGGACCGGCGAUACCUCCCCGAACUACCUCCCACCAGCAGCAGCAUAGGGUUGGGAAUGUAAGUCCUAUCAAGGACAAGUUUGAGCAGCUGUUGCAGCAGCAGCAGCAGUCACAGCCUGGCAGUGGGAAGAGUCCCGCCCGUGUGGUAGAGAAAAGAGACAAAGACACAACAAAGUCUCGGAUGAACAAGAAUCACGUCUCAGCAACGGUACCAAAGUUCACCGAAUGGACACAUGGGGAUCUGCGCUGA